CCUAAAUGCACUCCCCCUUUCUUUCUCGAUCUCCUUUCCUAUCUCUACAGUUCCAGCCGAUUCUCAGACAUCUCCGAUCGUUCCCCUUUUUUCUCAAAUGAUCCAUUGCUACCACGAUGCUUUUCCAUUUCCCGUGGGUCACCGGACAGCAGGAUAUCUAAGGAAGAAGACUGUGCAGGAGAAGGAGCAGAGACAGAGCAAUCAUCAAUUGAAACAAUGGAGGUGGGUUGCAUCAAACCCUAAAGCAGAUCUAGCGAAAGCAUCAGACCCAGAAGCAAAUCUAGCGGAAGCAGUGGAAAGGACGCUGCAGAUGUCCUAGAAGCUAGUUAUUUGGGCAUCUUCCUUUGUUUCACAUUAAACAAUUGUUUCUUAUAAAUAUAUUAGCUAAUUAGCCACCACCCAUUUGUCUGCUCUUUUCAAAAUCUUUGAUAUCACUUCUGGGUCUUGGUGCUUUUUCUCAGGGGUAGUUUCGAUCAGGGUAAUUGAGGUUUGGGUUUUUAUUUUUGUUGGAUUUUGCUUUAAUCUGGGUGUAUUCUUAUGCUGUGCUUUGUUUCUAAAUUGAAAUCGGUUUUAAAUGUUUUUUUUUUUCCUCCUUUUUGUUGCUUUAGUGAAGAAGUAAGUAGUUUUGCUUUUGGGUUUUACUUGAAAUUUUCUGAUCUGGGUUCGCUUUCUGAUGUAUUGUUGAUCCACUUACUAGCACUUGUGAAUAUUUCUCUAAGAUCUGCAACUGGGUUCUCAGUGAAUAUAUCGCGCUACAGGGC